AUGGAGUACACGGCGUCGCCCAAGCCACAGCUCUCAUCAAGGGCCAACGCUUUCUCCAUUGCGGCGCUCAUGUCCAGCGGAGGCGGCUCCAAGGAGAAGGAGUCUUCGGAGAACACCAUCAAACCCUUGGAACAAUUCGUGGAGAAGACUUCCUGCGCCCAGCCCCUUGGCGACCUCCCGGGGCUCGACUCCCACGGCGACUUCGGCGGCAGCCUUGGAAGUGGUGGCGGUGGCGGCGGCGGCAGCCCUUCCUCUCUGUGCACCGAGCCCCUCAUCCCCACCACCCCCAUCGUCCCCAGCGAGGAAAUGGCCAAGAUCGCCUGCAGUCUGGAAACCAAGGAGCUGUGGGAUAAAUUUCACGAGCUGGGCACCGAGAUGAUCAUCACCAAGUCGGGCAGGCGAAUGUUUCCUACCAUUCGGGUGUCGUUUUCCGGGGUGGACCCUGAAGCCAAGUACAUUGUUCUGAUGGAUAUCGUUCCCGUGGACAACAAGAGAUACAGAUAUGCCUACCAUCGCUCCUCUUGGCUGGUGGCUGGCAAGGCCGACCCUCCCCUUCCCGCAAGGUUGUAUGUACACCCAGAUUCUCCUUUUACUGGAGAGCAGCUGUUGAAACAGAUGGUGUCUUUUGAAAAAGUGAAACUUACAAACAAUGAACUGGAUCAACAUGGCCAUAUUAUUCUGAACUCUAUGCACAAAUACCAGCCCAGGGUCCACAUCAUCAAGAAGAAGGAUCACACGGCUUCCCUGCUCAAUCUGAAGUCCGAAGAAUUCAGGACGUUUAUCUUCCCUGAGACUGUUUUUACAGCUGUCACUGCCUACCAGAAUCAGCUGAUAACCAAGCUGAAAAUCGACAGCAAUCCAUUCGCCAAAGGUUUCCGAGACUCCUCCAGGCUCACUGAUAUUGAAAGGGAAAGUGUUGAGAGUCUGAUUCAGAAGCAUUCCUAUGCCCGAUCGCCUAUCCGUACCUAUGGGGGAGAAGAGGAUGUCCUGGGAGAUGACAGCCAGACAGCACAAAAUAGAGGAUCAGCUUUUACUGCAUCUGACAACUUGUCACUCAGCUCCUGGGUAUCCUCUUCAUCCAGUUUUCCCGGAUUCCAGCACCCCCAGUCUCUGACCGCCCUGGGCACCAGCACUGCCUCUAUCGCCACAUCCAUCCCUCACCCCAUCCAGGGAUCUCUGCCCCCCUACAGUCGCCUCGGGAUGCCUCUUGCCCCAUCUGCCAUCGCUACCUCCAUGCCGGGGAGUGGGCCCACGUUCCCUUCAUUCCACAUGCCCAGAUACCACCACUACUUUCAGCAGGGGCCUUAUGCUGCCAUCCAGGGACUGCGCCAUUCUUCCACAGUGAUGACGCCAUUUGUAUGA